AUGGCAGAGGCUGGUAUUUCAGUAGAUCAUUUUUCUGUGGAUCAGUUCAGCUGUCCAGUGUGUCUGGAUCUCCUGAAGGAUCCUGUGACUAUUCCCUGUGGACACAGUUUCUGUAAGGUGUGUAUUAAUGGCUGCUGGGAUCAGGAGGAUGUGAAGGGCGUCUACAGCUGCCCCCAGUGCAGAGUGACUUUCACUCCAAGGCCUGUUCUGUGCAGGAACAACAUGCUGGCUGAAGUGGUGGAGAAACUGAAGAAGACUGAACUCCAAGCUGCUUCUCCUGCUCACUGUUACGCUGGACCUGGAGAUGUGGAGUGUGAUUCCUGCACUGGGAGAAAACGCAAAGCCACUAAUUCCUGUCUGGUGUGUCUGGCCUCCUAUUGUGAAGAUCAUCUUAAACCUCACUAUCAGUCUCCUGCCUUUAAGAAGCACAAGUUAGUUGAAGCCUGUGCAGAGCUCCAAGAGAAGAUCUGCUCUGAACACGACAAACUGAUCGAGAUCUUCUGUCGUACUGACCAAAGCUUCGUCUGUUAUUUGUGUAUGAUGGAUGAACAUAAAGGUCAUGAUACAGUUUCAACUAAAGCAGAAAGAAAUGAAAAACAGAAUGAGCUAAAGGAGGAGCAGAUGAAAUCCCAGCAGAGGAUCCAGGAGAAGCAGAAGGAGGUGCAGGAGCUGAAACAGACUGUGGACACUAUUAAGAUGCAUUAUCAGGCAGCAGUAGAUGACAGUGAGAGGAUCUUUACUGAGAUGAUCAGCUCCAUGGAGAAAAAGCGCUCGGAGAUGACGGAGCUGAUCAGAGCUCAGGAGAAAGCUGAACUGAGUCAAGCUGAGCGACUCCAGAAGCAACUGGAGCAGGAGAUUGCUGAUCUUCAGAGGAGAGUCACUGAGCUGGAGCAGCUUUCACACACACACGAUCACAUCCACUUCCUCCAGAGUUUCCCGUCUCUCUGUGUUUCUCCUGGAUGUGACGACUCACCCAGCUUCACUGUCAAUCAACAUCUCUCAUUUGAUGGAGUGAGGAAAUCUCUCUCAGAUCUGAAAAAACGAGUCGAGGAAAUCUGUGAGGAGGAAUUCAGCGUAAUCCAUCCACAAGCUGCAGCAGUUCACAUGAUUUUACCCUCAAAACCAAAGAGCAGAGAAGAUUUCCUGCAGUAUUUCUGUUAUCUGACUCUGGAUCCAAACACAGUAAAUCCUAACCUCAUUCUGUCUGAGAACAGAGCGGUGACACGCAGUGAGACAAAACAGCGAUACUCUGAUCAUCCAGAGAGAUUUGACUCCUUGUGGCAGGUGUUGUGUAAGGAGAGUGUGUGUGGACGCUGUUACUGGGAGGUGGAGUGGACGGGUGAUGGUGUGGACAUAUCAGUCUCAUAUAAAGAGAUCAGCAGGAAAGGACGGGGUUUUGAGUGUGGGUUUGGAUUCAACAGUCAGUCCUGGAGUCUGCAGUGUUUUCCUUCCUCUGUCUAUUUCCGACACAACAACAUUAAGACUGUUCUCCAAGGUCCAUCAUCCUCCAGAAUAGGAGUGUAUGUGGAUCACAGUGCAGGAACUCUGUCCUUCUACAGCGUCUCUGACCCGAUGAGGCUCCUCCACAGAGUCCACACCACAUUCACUCAGCUUCUAUACGCUGGGGUCUGGAUGUGGCUUUCUGACUCAUCUGUGAGGUUUUGUGAUCCGAUGAAAGAGCCAAUAUUCCUCAGGGAAGCAGUCUGUCUGGACUCUCCUCAGCACCAGAAACUCUGCCUCCCUGAAGACAGUGGCAGGAAGGUGAUGAGUGAGACCCGCCGCCCCAUGAAGCUCCUCAGCCACUGCUUGCAGCAGGACUCAGGGAAAGGAAAAGGCACUGUUGUGACUGUAACUGUGUUUGGAGAAGACGAGCUGGACCCUGUAGUACCCAUCCAAGCCGGGUCUGUACAGCAGCUGGCCCACCUGGUGGUCCUAGAUGAACAGGUUCUCCCCGAGGACUCUGCGGAGGGGAGGAAGGAUGAUGAGGCUGUGCCCCAGUUGUCUGAGAUGACUGCGUUGAGCAGUGGCUGUUGGGCUGAGAAGGUGCAAGAGGCUGUGAAGCUGGAGUGGAAUGAGGGAUCUGAGAUGAAUGAUAAGCCCUUUAAGUGCCUGAUGGCUGCAGCAGAGCCACGAUAUGCUCUGAAAAGUGACAAGUAUUACCGAACUGAAAAGCUGCAAGAAGUUCACCACAAGGUUGUGGACAAGAUCAAAGCCCUGAUUCAACCUGACAAUGCUGGCUACUCUCUCUCCUUCACCACAGACUGCUGGUCUGGUGUGACAGAGUCUCUCAUGAGCCUGACAUGCCAUUUCAUUGAUGCUAAAUGGAUAAGAAAGCAGGUCGUUUUAAACACAAGAGCGAUGCAUGGGUCCCACACUGGGGAAUACCUGAAAGAGACAUUCCUCAGUAUGCUUGAGGACUGGAAGAUAAGCAAAGACCUUGUAGCAUUAGUGCUUCGAGACAGCGGAGCAAAUAUUGUCAAUGGAACGAGGCUCGCUGAACUCCCAGACCUCAGCUGCACAUUGCACACCUUGCAACUUGUGGUGAAUGAUGGUCUGUCAAGUCAAAGAGCCAUCACAGAUGUCAUCGCAAUACUUAAGAAGUGUGCCACACAUUUCCACCACUCCAUUCUGGCCAAACAGCGUUUGCGAGACAUUCAGAGAGAACUUGGCCUGCCAGAGCACAACAUAAUCCAGGCUGUUCCAACGAGGUGGAACUCAACGCUUCACAUGCUCCAAAGAAUGCUGGAGCAAAAGUGUGCGAUUACCAUCUACUGUGGUGAACAUGGAGGAUUUGCAGGUCCCAGUGCCCACCAGUGGGACCUUGUGUCCAAUUUAAUUGAAACUCUUCUCCCAAUAGAGGAAGUGACACUUCAGGUGAGCCACAGCAACUCAUCAGCAUCCUGCAUCAUUCCAUGCCUGACUGUGCUGAAGAUGCUACUUCAAGAUGAUGAGGGGCCCUCCACAAAAGGCAUCAGAACGCUCAGGCAAGCCAUGAGGGAGAGCCUGGACAAGCGUUUCUCAAAAGUAGAAGACACAAAAACUGUGGUGCUGGCUUGUUUCUUAGAUCCUCGUUAUAAGAGUCACGCAUUCUCCUCUGCCACAACAUUGAGCAAGGCUAAAGAAUGGUUAAAAGAGGAAGAGGACGCUGCCACACAACAGACCACUCGAGAGGAGCAUGCUGCCGCAGAAGGAGCCAGUAUGGAGGAGCAGGCUGCUGCAGAGGAGGCCAGUGUGGAGGAGCAGGAUCUCUCUCUCUCUGCCACACAGAACACAAACAGGAAGUUCAUUUCAGAGAAAACGAAACUCAGCAGAAAGUUCAGAGUCUUUCUCUCUCAGUACAGGAAAAUGGCAGAGGCUGGUGUUUCAGUGGAUCAGUUCAGCUGUCCAGUGUGUCUGGAUCUCCUGAAGGAUCCUGUAACUAUUCACUGUGGACACAGUUUCUGUAAGGUGUGUAUUAAUGGCUGCUGGGAUCAGGAGGAUGUGAAGGGCGUCUACAGCUGCCCCCAGUGCAGAGAGACUUUCACCCCAAGGCCUGUUCUGUGCAGGAACAACAUGCUGGCUGAAGUGGUGGAGAAACUGAAGAAGACUGAACUCCAAGCUGCUUCUCCUGCUCACUGUUACGCUGGACCUGGAGAUGUGGAGUGUGAUUCCUGCACUGGGAGAAAAUACAAAGCCGUCAAGUCCUGUCUGGUGUGUCAGGCCUCCUAUUGUGAAGCUCAUCUUAAACCUCACUAUCAGUCUCCUGCCUUUAAGAAGCACAAGUUAGUUGAAGCCUGUGCAGAGCUCCAAGAGAAGAUCUGCUCUGAACACGACAAACUGAUCGAGAUCUUCUGUCGUACUGACCAAAGCUUCAUCUGUUAUUUGUGUAAAAUGGAUCAGCACAGAGGCCAUGAUACCAUUGCAGCUAAAGCAGAAAGAAAUGAAAAACAGAAUGAGUUAAAGGAGGAGCAGAUGAAAUCCCAGCAGAGGAUCCAGGAGAAGCAGAAGGAGGUGCAGGAGCUGAAACAGGCUGUGGACACUAUUAAGAAGCGUUCACAGACAGCAGUAGAUGACAGUGAGAGGAUCUUUACUGAGAUGAUCAGCUCCAUGGAGAAAAAGCGCUCAGAGGUGACGGAGCUGAUCAGAGCUCAGGAGAAAGCUGAACUGAGUCGAGCUGAACGACUCCUGAAGCAACUGGAGCAGGAGAUUGCUGAUCUUCAGAGGAGAGUCACUGAGCUGGAGCAGCUUUCACACACACACGAUCACAUCCACUUCCUCCAGAGUUUCCCGUCUCUCUGUGUUUCUCCUGGAUGUGACGACUCACCCAGCUUCACUGUCAAUCAACAUCUCUCAUUUGAUGGAGUGAGGAAAUCUCUCUCAGAUCUGAAAAAACGAGUCGAGGAAAUCUGUGAGGAGGAAUUCAGCGUAAUCUAUCCACAAGCUGCAGCAGUUCACAUGAUUUUACCCUCAGAACCAAAGAGCAGAGAAGAUUUCCUGCAGUAUUUCUGUUAUCUGACUCUGGAUCCAAACACAGUAAAUCCUGAACUCAUUCUGUCUGAGAAGAACAGAGCGGUGACACGCAGUGAGACAGAACAGAGAUACUCUGAUCAUCCAGAGAGAUUUGACUCCUGGCGGCAGGUGUUGUGUAAGGAGAGUGUGUGUGGACGCUGUUACUGGGAGGUGGAGUGGAGGGGUCUUGGUGUGGACAUAUCAGUCUCAUAUAAAGAGAUCAGCAGGAAAGGAUGGGGUAAUGAGUGUGCGUUUGGAUGGAACAGUCAGUCCUGGAGUCUGCAGUGUUUUCCUUCCUCUGUCUCUUUCUGGCACAACAACAUUAAGACUGAUCUCCGAGGUCCAUCAUCCUCCAGACUAGGAGUGUAUGUGGAUCACAGUGCAGGAACUCUGUCCUUCUACAGCGUCUCUGACCCGAUGAGGCUCCUCCACAGAGUCCACACCACAUUCACUCAGCCUCUAUACGCUGGGGUCUGGAUGUGGGGUUUAAACUCAUCUGUGAGGUUUUGUGAUCCGAUGAAAAAAUGAAAUGUUGGUAAAAGUUGAAAUGUUGAGUAAAAUUAU